CUGCUGUUGAGGGAGAGAGAGUGUGUACAGCAGUGAUGUGCUCUGCCAGCGAGUUCUGGAGACGGUGAUGCCGCUCGCCUGAACUUGAACCUGACGGAAGUCCUCAGGAAGUCCUUCUGCCUGCCUGAUUUUGGUGCCCACAUCAAACCCACUCUGGCACCCACACUAACAGUCCGGCCAACCCUACCCUGCUAUCUAUAUAUAACGUCCGUCGAAAGCCCCUGCACGUUCUCGGCCGUCCAUCUCUCCUCUCCCAUCUCUUCCGAUGAAACACCUGUACGUUGUGGUCCACCCAGAGGCGACCCACCACAUCACAAAGGUCGUAGGGGGCUGGUACGACACUACACUCACCGAGAAGGGCCUUAAUCAAGCAGACCGCAUCGGCUAUCACCUCCGGAGCAUCAUUCCCCCCAACGCCCGAGUCCACAUCCACUCCUCCGACCUCCAGCGUUGCGCCGUCGCCGCCAAGCAUAUUGCGCAGUCCCUCGGUGGCAUUCCCGUGAAUGAGACCACGGAUCUGCGCGAGCUAGCCUACGGCGAGGCGGAAGGAAAGCCCGAGGCGUGGUUGGAGGGACGAUACCGAUUUCCGCCUGCAUCGCCGGCUGUCCCAAGCCUGCGCGACGAGGAAGCCAUGCGAGUUAGGCUCGAUCAUGAUUUUGGAAUCAAAGGCGCGGAGACGAGACGCCAGUGUGGCGAAAGGGUCUACCGCGCGAUGGAGAGGGACGUGUUUCCGCUCUUCGGGGAUGGUACGGGUGACGUUUACCAAGUGGUGGUUACCCACGGGUUUGCGAUGGUCAUGGUUGUUGCUGCGUGGAUUGGGAUGCCGCUGGACGCUGCAGACGCGAUUUCUAUUGCUUCUCGGAAAGGAAGCAUCACGGUGUUGCAGGAGGAUGAUGUGUAUCAUAACCGAUGUAUCGUGAGCGUCAACGAGAUGGGUCAUUUGACGGACGUUUGACUCGAUUCUGUCGUACCGCACGGCCGAGAAGUAUCGUUCGUCUCAUUAAAAAUGGGACGUCAACCGCGGUGACGGUUGCUGCCUACCCGGUUUGAUGCUUGCGACGGCCGCCGGAUAACCACAGGACUUCCAG